AUGACGACGACGGCGCCGCGCGCCGCCGCCGUCGCGUCGCGCGUCGCGUCGUGCGCGCGCGCGUCGACGUCGACGUCGCGCCGACCGCUGCGCCUCUCGCGACGGCGCGCGGCGCCUCGACCGCGCGCCGCGGGCGACGACGACCCCGCGGAACCGUUGCAGCGUUACGCCGACGUCGCGCGCGCGUCGCCCGCGGCGUUCGGCGCGGUGAGCGCGGUGGCGCUGCUGGCGAACCGCGCGCUGAGCGGCGUCGCGCCGGUGGCGGACGCGUCGAGCGCGCAGUCUCGCGCCGACGUCAUCUGUCUCGCGAUGUCCGCGUGCUUAGUGCUCACCGGAUUGACGUGGAUCGCGCUGAAGACGAAACCACCGAACGUGGUGGAGUUGGUGGGGACGCGAUUGGAGACGCCGUAUUACGCGGCGACGGCGACGAAGGCGCUCCGGGACGAGUUAGCGUGGGCGUGGGACGCCGCGCGCGAGUCGACGAAUUGUGACGUCAUGGCGGUUUUCACGAAGGAUGGACGACGCGUCAUGCAAGCGGGGAUCGCGGCGAACGCGCUGCGCGAUCCCGAGGCGUUGACGCGAGACGUCGAGCUCGGUCCGAUUUGCGCCGCCGCCGCGCGAGACGCCGCGCCCAACUAUCUAGCCAAUCUCAUCCUCUUCCCGGGUCGCGUCGAGUUCGAGCGAUUCUUUCCCGUGAACACGCAAGCCGUGUGCGUGCGUCCGAUCGGCGACGGCGCCGUGCUCGUCAUCGGCUCACGAACGCAGCGCGGUUUGACGCCGAGCGACCAACGCUGGUUCGACGUCGUCGCGCAAAAGCUCGAUCGCGCCCUCGAGCGCGGUUUGUGA